AUGGCAUUCAACGGCAUAUGGAAAGUCGACCGUAAUGAAAACUAUGACAAGUUUAUGGAGCAGAUGGGCAUUAACGUGGUGAAGAGAAAGUUGGCUGAACAUGACAACCUAAAGCUUUCCAUCGAGCAGAACGGAGACAAGUUUACCAUUAAGGAGUCGAGCACGUUCAGGACCAAAGAUAUCGAGUUCACGCUCGGCGUGCAGUUUGAGUACUCGAUGCCUGACGGCACUGAGCUCACUGGCACAUGGGUGAUGGAGGGAGAGACUCUAAAAGGCACAUUCACCAGGAAGGACAACGGCAAAAUCUUAAUCACCACCCGAUCACUGGUUGGUGAUGAACUUGUACAGUGCUACAUCUAUGAAGGUGUUGAUGGGAAGAGGAUUUUCAAGAAGGCAUAAAAGAACU